CCUCCUCCCAGCCCCCGGGAGCGCCCGGGUCCGGGCCAGGGGGCGGGACCGGGGGCUCGGCCCGCCUUACCCGGAGGUGCUGGGUUCCUUCCCGUCGGGCUGCUGCCGCCUGCGCCUCGGCGGGCUGGGAGGCUGAUCGGUGCUGCUGGGAGCGGUGUGAGGUGCUGCGUGGCGCGCGGUGGCUGCUUCCACGUCCUCGCUUCACCUCGGGCAGCCGUGGGGCGAGCCACCGAGCCGCGGCGGGACUGCGGCGGCCGGGGCGCCCUGCCAGAGAGAAGAAAUGGAAGGACUUUCUGAUGUUGCUUCUCUUGCAACUAAACUUAAAAACACUCUCAUCCAGUACCACAGCAUUGAAGAAGAUAAGUGGCGAGUUGCUAAGAAAACGAAAGAUGUAACUGUUUGGAGAAAACCCUCAGAAGAAUUUAAUGGAUAUCUCUACAAAGCCCAAGGUGUUAUAGAAGACCUUGUCAAUAGUAUAAUAGACCAUAUACGCCCAGGGCCUUGUCGUUUGGAUUGGGACAGCUUGAUGACUUCAUUGGAUAUUUUGGAGAACUUUGAAGAGAAUUGCUGUGUGAUGCGUUACACUACCGCUGGUCAGCUUUGGAAUAUAAUUUCCCCAAGAGAAUUUGUUGAUUUCUCCUAUACUGUGGGCUAUAAAGAAGGGCUUUUAUCUUGUGGAAUAAGUCUUGACUGGGAUGAAAAGAGACCAGAAUUUGUUCGAGGAUACAACCAUCCCUGUGGUUGGUUUUGUGUUCCACUUAAGGACAACCCAAACCAGAGUCUUUUGACAGGAUAUAUUCAGACAGAUCUGCGUGGGAUGAUUCCUCAGUCAGCAGUAGACACAGCCAUGGCAAGCACUUUAACCAACUUCUAUGGUGAUUUACGAAAAGCUUUAUUAUAGGCAAAAUGCGUUCAAACUUGCAGGACUAUGGAUCAACUCUGUCUCUCAGCCACAUGGCCUGUAAAAAUCAUUGAUUCCACUCUUCUGCAUAGCCUGUAGAAAAAUUUGAAAUAAUUUUGGUUUAGUAGUACAUUUGGUUUUAUUCCUAAAGUAAAUAGCUAUCUAAGAGAGGGCAUUUUCAUUUUCUUUUCUUUUUUUUAAAUUUUGAGACAGAAUCUCACUCUGCUGCCCAUGCUGGAGGGCGGUGGUGUGAUCACAGCUCACUGCAGCUUUGAUCUGACCAUUCAAGGGGUUAUUCUACCUCACCCUUCUGAAUAGCUUGGACUACAGGUACACCACCAUGCAUGGCUAUUCCUUUUUUUUAUUUUUUUUUUUAUUUUUUGUAGAGAUGUGGUCUCACUAUGUUGCCCAGGCUGGUCUUGAACUCCUGACCUCAAGAGAUUCCCCACCUCAUCCCCCUCAAAGUGUUGGGAUUAUAGGCAUGAGCCCCCAUUCCUGGGGGAUUUAAAUUCCCCCAAUUUAAAAUGUGGAAUUCAGUUGCUGUCUAAAUUUUGAGUCUCUUAAAAGUAUCAGUCUGUAGCUGGAACAAAUACAUUCUUAGAUUUAUCUAGUGCCUAGAUACCAUUUUAUAAUAAUUAGAAUGGAGUAUUAUGGGUCCCCUAAUUAAUUUUGUGGCUGCCUUAAGUGAGAUUUUCUAAAUGAUUUUCACAUUCUAAAUGACUUUGGGUUUUGAACUAUCCAUCUAGUUUACUUCUAAAAUGAGAACUUGAGGCCUUUCAGUGUACGCAGGCAAAUCUUUGUAUAUAUUUAUCUGUUUGUGUACAUGCACACAUCUUGAAAUCCAUUUCAAUGUUUAAUGUCAGUUGUUGAUGUAUUAGUAUUUCUGUGUCUACUGUUUUGUUGUUGCUAAUAUGGGUAAAAUGGGCCCUGAAAUACAUGCUAGAAAGGCCACAAAAUGCACAAAAGCGUAUAGUGUUUCAAGUGCAUGAUAGUUUGAUUUGUGUUUUACUUUAUUGAGUUUUCCUGGGUGUAAAGAAAGAAUAAAUCAUAGUUCUUCAUACCCAUUUUGUCAAAGUGGAGCAGUGAAGCUGUUUUUUACUUUUGUUUUUAUUUAUUUUUUGCUCCUGGAGAUGACAGAUUUCAAAAAACAAAAGGUGGCAGCACCACAAUGUUCAUGGUGAAUAAUCUCAUAGUAUCGACAUUGAUCCAGCUCUGAUAGGAGGGAUGCACAAAGGGGUCUGUAUUCUUAACGGCUUAUUAAUUACCAGUAUCCUUUUCUAAGUUGAAUUUACUUUUGAAUUACUAGAUUUCUUUCCCUUUCAUUCGUUCUGCAGUAGUGAAAGAAAACUAUUAGUUUCAGUUUCCCAUGGUAAUGGGUAAAUGUUAGUUUUGACUUCUAUUUUGUUCACUUAUUUAUAUUAGUAUAGAGUAGGAAGUCUCAUGUUCUACUAUUCUAUCUAGGAUGGUGAAAUUCCAAAGGUGCCUAACUUGGGUAAGGGAUUUGUGACAAGAUAGUAUACAUUAUUAUAAGGGCUAUUAUUUCCUGACCUGGAGAUCCCUAAAAGCAAAUAAACUGCCUGCUAUCUCUACUCUAGUGCUCUCUUUGUCCUUAUCAACAUAUACUUCCUAUGGAGUAAUUACAUAAUUUACUAUUAAACAUGGAUCCACUCUAGGUAAAAUUACCCUCGUGGAAAAAUUUUCAUUGUGAAGAUGAUGAAUUUAAAAAUUAUGUUUGAAUCACCUAAAAAAUAUGUGCAGCUUCUAGAUGGGCUCUGAAAUCUGCUGGGCUCUAGCUGUGUACUUUAGAAAAAUAACAACAGCUUUAUUGAUAUAUAAUUUACAUAUUAUGUCAUUUACCCAUUUUUAAGUGUCUAAUUCAGUGAGUUUUUAAAUACAUAUGUAGAAUUGUGCAGCCAUCAACACAAUCUGGAUUUAGAACUUUUCCAUCAUUCCGAAAGAUUCCUUUUGUCUUUUUUGCAGACUCAUAUCUAACACAAAUCUAAAGUUUAUCACUGUUGCCAGGAUAAUUACUAUAGGUUUUGUUUGGCUUUGUUUUGGAGAGUGGAGGUGUUCAUAAUUCUAAGCUCAGGAAUCUUGUGAUCAUGUAUUAAAUAUGUUAUCUUAUACCAUAAUGAUAUAAAAGCUUAAUGAUGUGGGUUGGGAUGGAUAUUAACGUAAAUAAUUGAGUCUGCUGCUUCUAUAGCAAUGCUGUAGGGUAGAAAAAUAAUCUAAGUGAUAUAUGUAAUUUAAAAAAUUCUAGAAGAAACAGCUGAAGUUAAUUUUUAUAUUUUAUUUAACUUAAUACAUUCAAAAUGUUAUUUUAACAUGUAAUUGAUAUAAAGAUUUAUUUUGAUAGUUUGUAUUGUUUCUUGUACUAAUUCUCUGAAAUCUGGUAUGCAUUUUACUAAUUUGGGCAAGCCAAAUUUUAAGUGCUCAUCAGCCACAUGAGGCCAGUGGAUACUGUAUUGAAUAGCACAGUCCUAUAGUAUAUUUAUUAAUUUGUCUUGUUAUAAGAUGAAAUAGACUAAUAUGAAAUAAUAUCUUAAAUGGAAAUCUUUUCUAGUCUCUAGAUUCUUUGCUUGCUAAAUAGGACAUUUAAACUUUAGAUAUAAAUCAGUUAGUAGUUGCCAAUGAAAUAAAAUUAUUGCCAAAAAAUAUUUUCCUUCAAAGAUAAGUAACUUUUGAUAUGGCAGUUGAUGAAAUGAAAGAAUAUAAUCUGCCUUGUUAGAUGGUUAUUUUCUGUAGCUUGUAGGUAGUAUAUAUUAGAAACUUGUGUAUGUAAGAAAUAUUUGGCAUAAUACUGUUUUCAGUACAUAGUAGCUAUUUUUUAAGGAAAUUAGUUCCAUACAAGAAAAAACUUAUAAUAAAAGUGAUACUUUUGCAUGAAAUAUUAGUUUGUGUUAAUAACUCUUAGUUAACCCUUAAAGUUUAAAACAAUAUUCAGAAAAAAUGAGAAUCUAGCAUUCUGUAGUUAAUCUAUAAUAUAAAUUGAUAAAGUACUAGUGGACUUGUAAAUGUUAAAAUUCUCUUCAUUUCAGUGUUUCUUGAGGUUGGAUAUAUUUGAAAUUGUAGAUUUCUAUGUGCAAAAUAUCUCCUAGUUAAUAGAGUUUUUUUAUUCCCCUCCCUUCAGCCUAUUCCUUUUCUAACUGAAGGACAUUUUAUCAACAGUAGUGUUGAAUUCAAUUAAUAUCUCAAGCUAAACAACAAUGUAAUUGAAGUUGUAUCUGGAGAAGAUAGGAAAACAUUGCACAAUUUAAGCCCUUAAUGGUCUAUUGAGCUUUUAGGGGAUGUAGACUGCAUGGCAGGGGCUACAGGGACAGAGCAUUGCCUGUAAUACAGAUAAAAGCUUUACCUCUUUAUUGGAGAGUAUACUACCAUCUUUUGAAUCAGGUGUUUAAAUCCAGUUUCUUUUAAGUAAAUGGGGCUGUAGCGAUCCCCACCAUAUAGAGAAAUCAACAGAACCAGAGAAGUUAAGAGGCCUGAUCAGGUUUCCCUUAGAACCUGUGUUGUAUAAUUACCUGCCUGAUGUGUCUUCCGUGUCUUUCUUAUUCAACUUCUAGAAGUAGAGAAGGUUAGGGCUUCAGCGUUGAAGAAACGUCAGAAUAAUUUCAAAAAACAGGAAGUUGGAAUUAUAAUUUUUCAAUUAUUGUACUGUUUUUACAGAUUUUACAUAUAUAAAUGUUAAAAUUUAUCUCUUGCAGUUCAAUGAAAGCUAUAAUAUAGAUUUUUUAAAGAAGUUUAUAUAAUUAUUUUAUGAACCAAUAUGUAAAACUAGAAUAUUUAUUAAACUAAUAAAGAAUAUGUUAUUAGUAUCAAUAAAAUAUGUAUUUUUAAAUUGCUGUGAAAUAAAAUAAAAAUUUCUAGACACUCUUAAAA